AACCCAGUCGACCACAGACGUAAAUGGGAUCGUGCUCACUUCGAGAAGUUGGCAAAUGACAGGCUGAACAAUGAGCUCGAAGCGCUAAGAAAUGCGCGAAAGGAAAAGGAUACCGUCAAAAAAGAAAACCUGAGGGCACGCGACUACACGAUCGACUUAGAGUCGAACCUUAAUAAGUCACAAGUCAUCUCAAAAACCGGUCCUGGAUCUUCACAGGCCGGUUAUUAUUGUGAAGUUUGUGACUGUGUUGUCAAGGAUUCCAUCAAUUAUUUGGACCAUAUUAACGGUAAAAAACACCAGCGUAAUAUGGGCAUGUCAAUGCGAAUCAAGCGAUCAACUUUGGAAGAUGUGAAAGAUCGUUUCCUUUUGCACAAGCGCAGAAAUGAAGAGAAGGCAGAGGAGUAUAAUUUGGAUGAACGCAUGAGACAAAUCGCUGAAGAGGAAGAGAAACUUCGGGCCUAUCGCAGUGAAAAGCGAAGGGAAAAGAAGCGGAAAAACGAAGAGCCAAUUGAUGAAGAUGUUGCCGCUGUCAUGGGAUUUGGAGGAUUCGGAAAGCGGUCGAAAUGA